UUUCCGCUUUAGGUCAGCUGAUUCCAAGGAAGCAUGCGGAAGAAGUAAAUUAGAAACCUCAAGUGGUGCAAUAAUCAACAAAAUAGAGACUUUUGGAAAACUUCUGGUUACAAAGUUUGUUUAAUUUUAAACCAUAUAGGGACCUGAGCCAGUUGUAUCUUACUCCGAUAAUUAUUACAGUGGUAGCCUUGUCACUGAACUGUUACCAUAGUAGUUAUGGAAUGCAGCGACUCUUUGGUCACUAUGAAUGGGACGCAAGUUUCCUAUAUAGGACAUGACUGUGAUGAUUUACCCGAGUUCCUUGGAGAAAGAUAUGGACACUUAGCAAAACGGCUAGAUCUCAGCUUCAAUCAAUUAAGGUCAUUGGCGGGCCUCAAAGCGUUCACUGGGCUGGAAGAGCUGGUCGUCGACAACAAUCUGCUUGGAAACGACCUCCAGUUGCCCAGGUUACCCACCCUCCACACCCUGACACUCAAUAAGAACCAAGUGACUGACAUCGAGGUGCUGCUGGAGCACUUGGCGAUGACUACGCCAUCACUGCAGUACCUUAGCCUGCUGGGAAACGAGGCCUGCCCCAACCAGCUGGUUAGCCAAGACAAGGAUGAGGACGAUUACCAACGAUACAGGUACUUUGUUCUGCACAAGCUUCCCACCCUGAAGUUCCUGGACACCAGAAAGGUACUUAAGGCCGAACAGCAGGAGGCUGUAGCCCGGGGAGCCUUCAUGAAGGUGGUCAAACCCAAGUCGCCCGACAUGGCGACCACUGGUGACCCCAGAUCUGAGGGCUCCAUGCCUUACACCCCUCUACCCAGGGGCUCCAGAGACGGCAAGAAUCACAAAGGUGUGUUUGCUAAGUGCCGUUACAUCUACUAUGGGAAGCAUUCAGAAGGCAACCGAUUCAUCCGUAACGACCAACUCUGAAGAACCAUGGAGACACAUAAACACACACACACAUACACUCCCUCGUACAAGCCGUUAAGUGAAUAUAAAAGUAUUGUUACAGUUUUUCUGUUGAAAUCAUAAUUAAGAUUCUGUGUUCAAAGGGUGGAUGGAUGGAUGGAUGGAUGGAUGGGUGGAUGGCUGGAUGGAUGGCUGGAUGGAUGGCUGGAUGGAUGGAUGGCUGGAUGGAUGGCUUUCUGACUAUGAACUCUGUAGUGGAGUGAUCUGGACCCCUCCUCUUAGCUGUGGCUCUCUCCUGUCAGCUCCACUCUCCUGCCCUAGAGGGAACAUUCACACUCACAUUGACAUGAUUGCAUCUAAGCAGCAGUGCACCCCCCCCCCCCCACCCACACACACGCACACACACACACGCUGACACACGCACAGACACACACACCCCGUGGCCGCGGUGAUUGGCUGCUCUGACAGCCACGGCAGCCAUGAUGGAUCACCCUUCCCCUACUGGCACUCACCAGGAGUCAGAGGUCACACCUGACACCUCACUGUGUGGCUGUGUGUAGGCAGGACUGGGGACAGAGGCACGACAAUCAGUAUCUCGAAAUUAAAAGUUUAUGACAAAUUGUUCCUUUGGAGUGUCCGCUAGUGGAAGACCGAGUUAAUGACCUGAUAACAUCGACUAACGUCUCAGCGUUUGGUAAAAUAAUUGAUGUUUGGUUGUAAUGAAGGUAUAGGUAGUGUUACUUCUCUCACCAACACGGAAGUGAGAAUUUACCCACCAAAGUGUUGAUCACCACAUCAAUGUUAAUGACCUACUCCGUGGAAGACACAGUAUACAGAUUAUUUCACAGCGUUGUGUUUUGUUUUUUUCCAAUCUGUUUAUGCCUGAAAUUAGGUGUUGACUCAAAGCUAAUUUCAAAGCUAAUUUAUCUGACAUUUUCUAAGCCUAGACUAUGGCAAAUCAUACAGAAGAGUGUUACCUGUGCAAAAUAAGUGGUUUUAUCUUGAUGUGAUGUUCCAAGGUGGAAUGACAGCUCAAAUAAUUCAAUACUAUUAAAAAAUAAUGCCAUAGAAUUAAAACAAUUUCGCUUUCUCUUCUUCACAUAGGGACCCAAUACCUUCUUUUCUGUGACGAAGUAGAUAUUCUGCAGGUAGUUUUAAAUGUGUUUUUACGGCAGUCUGCGCACACAGGACUAAUCAGUCUGUUGUCAGUACUCUGGAAUGAUGCAGAUUUGGUGAAAGUUGAUUUAAUUUCUUACCAGUAUUGGAUCAUGCAGAUUUACUGGUAUCAUCAUAGGAUUACAGACAAUGUUGUCUGUCAUAGAUGACGUAGGCCUGCGAUCCCUAUUGAUUUAGUGUCCUAUGAUUGUUUUCUAUCUUUAGCUUGUAGUGAGGCAUAAACAGAACCAUUCAUGAUGUUUUCACCUGUUUGUCAUGCAGUUACUUCAAAUAUGGCUUAUUUUGGCUCCCCACGCCCGUUUGUCCCAAAUAAUCCCAAAACAGUGCUCUGUGCCCCAGCCAUUUGAUUAAUGGAAAGAUACAUUAGUGGAAUGAUAUUCUUCGACUGCCACUAUGGCCACAGUACUAGCCUGUUUUGGUGCAUCCACUGGGAUACUGUCCAGUCACUUCAAGCCCUCUUGUCACUUGUGGAAUAGGAGAAAUUAUAUGAUAUAUAAUAAUAUUUUCACCACUUACUUGAGUGUGUUUCCUCAACAUGAGAAGAAAUGUAUUGCUGUUUUACCAGAAAGGUGAGAUCCAAACCUUGGUAGAACUUUCACUAGUGUUUAUGGCCAUUUCAUGAUUUUAUUAGUUUUUUCGGUAUGUUUAUUUAGGCAGAAGACAUAAAAUAAAAUAAAUUUUAUGGUGCUGAAAAGUAACUAUAGUCACAGGGAGGAAAUACAUUUGGAUUUCUAUACAGCCUCAGAAAGCACAUUCUGAAGUUCCCAGAAUAUCACAUUUCCAAGAAUAAUCACUGAUUCACACAGGCAUGUGGCGACCAAGAGGCUAAAGGGGAACAUGGAAUGUGAACGCUGUUCUGAUAUUCAAAAUAAUAUUGUUUUGAAUUCUAAUGAUAUCCAGUACAUCCAUCAACACAACCAAAUCAUUAUUUUUCCAAUAGCGUCUGUGAACAUAAAAAUUGGAGUGUUAGAUGUUUCAUUCACUUGUCUUUGGCAGGAAGAUCAGUUCAACAAGGGUUUUAAAGGAAUUUGCUGUAUUGUGUUAUAGUUCUUACCUGCAAGAGGAACCUCCAAUAUUCAUGUUUUUUGUGUUCGCUGUUCACACAUGUAUUUUAUUAUGUUAUUUAGUAUUGAAUAAAUGCUUGGUAGUGUAUAAUUUCAAGGGAUGUUUUCUUUGCAAAUGCACAGUUGAAAGUUGACAAUACAGUUUACCACUAUGUUAUUGCAGCUAGGAUUCUGAAGCCUGCUUGCGGCAUUUCGGAGUUCCCAAGAGUUCCACAGAAGGCAGUGCAAAUUGGCUCAACUCAAUAAAGGGUAUAUGGGUAGGAUGACAGGCAAGGAUCUCUAGUGACUCCUGGUGGUAGCUCAAUUGUGGUUGUUGGCUGGAGAAUGCGCUCUCCUCCCAGUGGGAAUGUGCCGGCAAAUCCAUCCUGGUUGAGCAAGCAGUGUGAUAAGAAUCAGUGUGGCUUGUCAGUUAGUGCAUUGGAGGACAUCCUCCUGAUCUUAAACUCUCCUAAACCUGCUGGCAAGUUGUUUCAUAUUUAAUAUAUAUAAUGAAAGAAAAUUUAAACGCCAGUGUAAAACACAUUAUAGACCAAAGAGACACUGCUAUUCUAUCUAACAGUGACAGGAGGAUUCCUUCUGAUUGUAUGCCAUGAUUUCUUGAAAACCUAAGAUUUCUUACAUAGUGGCAAGAAUUCUGCAACACUGAAUGAUCUCUUUUAGUGUCAUAUUAAUAUCAUAGUAGUAAGAAUUAGAUUUGAAGUUGUGUGAUUUGUAUUAACUGAAUAUAAUCUAGGGUUAGGAAGGAUUCAAAUGGCAUGUUUCAGUAUAGUAUCAUGAUAGGCAAUAUUUCCACAUCAUUUAGUGUUUUUUCCCCGUUAUUUCCGAUCUACCAUUUGUGAAUCAUAUGUAAUAUGUCCUAUUGAAUGUAGUCUAUGUAAUUUUAUUAUCUGCCAUUUCGAAAUGAGUUAAUGCUGUUAUAGGUGAUCCCAAGUACUUUUUGUAUUACCCUUUAAAGUUCACUCUGCUUGUAUUGAUUAAAAUAUUGUAGUUGA